AUGGCUCAUGGACAGCAGAAGAUUCAGUCCCGGCAGAAAAAUGCCAAAAAGCAAGCUGGACAAAAGAAGAAACAAGGACAUGACCAAAAGGCUGCUGCCAAAGCUGCCUUAAUAUACACCUGCACUGUCUGCAGGACACAAAUGCCAGACCCUAAGACCUUCAAGCAGCACUUUGAGAGCAAGCAUCCUAAGACUCCACUUCCUCCAGAAUUGGCUGAUGUUCAGGCAUAAAGUUGUUUACAGGUGAAUUCAUGACACCUUUGACUCUUCUACUGUCUCAGACCUUAGGUAACAAACCUGCAGCUGCUUUUCUAACAAACUGUUGAUCAGCAAAAAUAAAGGGGCUACAGGAACACUCAUUUUUAUGCUGUUACCUUUUGGGCUUCAUGCAAAGACAAUUCUGUGUAAAUGUACAGUUGACUCUGAUUUGAAAAUC